AUGGCUUCACUCAGAGCAUCCAGAAUUCUGCCCAAUCUUUCUAGGAAAUCCCUACGACCAAUAUAUCACAAAGCAAGCUCCAUUCCUUCUCGAACAAUUGCUACUUAUUGUCCUCCAACCCAAGCAAAAGCCAUCUCCGUUCUUCCGACAAAUGUCGAUACCUCUUCAGAGGAAUAUGCUCAAAAUGAGUCUCAAAUGAAACCUCUUCUUGAUCACCUCUCUACUCUCACCGCCAAAAUACAUCAAGGUGGUCCUCCCAAAGCACGUGAAAAGCAUAUUGCACGCAAAAAGAUGCUUCCUAGAGAUCGUAUCACUGCACUCAUAGAUCCAGGUACUUCAUUCUUAGAAUUGAGUGCAUUGGCAGGCCAUGAGCUUUAUCCUGAGGCGGAUGUACCUGCUGGUGGGAUUAUUACGGGGGUAGGUGUCAUUGAGGGAGUAACAUGUAUGGUGGUUGCAAAUGAUAGCACCGUGAAAGGAGGAACAUAUUAUCCAAUUACUGUGAAGAAACAUUUGAGAGCACAAGAGAUUGCGAAGGAAAACAAUUUACCUUGUGUCUAUCUGGUAGAUUCGGGUGGAGCCAAUCUUCCACAUCAGGCAGAUGUCUUCCCAGAUCGAGAGCAUUUUGGUCGAAUUUUCUUCAAUCAAGCAAGAAUGAGUUCAAUGGGAAUUCCACAAAUAGCUGUGGUCAUGGGUCCUUGCACAGCAGGGGGUGCCUAUGUUCCCGCCAUGUCUGAUGAGAGUAUCAUCGUAGGUGAACAAGGUCACAUUUUCCUAGCUGGUCCACCUCUAGUAAAAGCCGCAACUGGAGAAGUUGUAACAGCUGAAGAACUGGGAGGUGGAAAUAUGCACAGCUCCGUAUCUGGAGUAACAGAUUAUCUCGCCGUCGAUGAUGCUCACGCCAUAGUUCUUGCCCGCCGAUCCGUUAGCAAUCUCAAUUGGCCCACGAAACCAUUUCCAUCCUCAGAAUCCUACACUGAACCCCUCUAUUCUCCCGAAGAACUGACUGGAAUUGCUACAACUAAUCACCGCAAACCUCUUCCCAUCCAUGAGGUUAUCGCUCGUAUUGUAGAUGGAAGCGUCUUUUCCGAAUUUAAACGCGACUAUGGCUCCACCCUCGUGACAGGUUUUGCACAUAUCUACGGUCACAAAGUCGGUAUCAUAGCGAACAACGGUAUUCUCUUCUCUGCCUCCUCCCUCAAGGGCGCCCAUUUCAUUGAGCUUUGCACUCAACGCAAAAUCCCUCUCAUUUUCCUGCAAAAUAUUAGCGGAUUCAUGGUAGGUACUGAUGCUGAACGCGAGGGUAUUGCGAAAAAUGGUGCAAAAUUAGUUACCGCAGUUGCAUGUGCCAACGUACCCAAAUUUACCGUUGUGGUUGGUGCCAGUAAUGGUGCUGGUAAUUAUGGUAUGUGUGGUCGGGCAUAUAGUCCUCGAUUCUUAUGGAUGUGGCCUAAUGCACGGAUUGGAGUAAUGGGAAGUGAACAAUUGACGGCCGUCAUGGAGACUGUUGGAAAGGCUGUUGAUCCAGAGCUCAGAGAUAGAAUUGAUAGAGAGAGUGAGGCGGUUUUCUCAAGUGCUAGAUUAUGGGACGAUGGAGUUAUUCCACCAAGUCAUACGAGAAGAGUUUUGGGUUUGAGUUUGAUGGCUGCAUUGGGCGGGAAGAAUGAACCGGUAGAUACCAAAUUCGGCGUCUUCAGAAUGUAA